AUGUCAUCAAAAGGUUCCAUUGGCGACGUUCGUAUAAAGACUAAAACUGGUGAAACAUAUAUAGCAGCUUCGCAACGUGCUGAUGGAACGUGGAGAAAAGCAAGAAAAGUGAAAGAUGGUUAUAUUCCACAGGAAGAACAACCCAGGUACGAAUCACGCGGUCAACAAAUGAGCAACAAAACUACAUAUCCUGUUGGUUGGUCGCCCACCGGAGUUGUGAAAUCUAAAAAGGAAACUAAAGAGCAAGAAUUGAAAAAACCGAUUGCUGCAACACUGAAACCAAAUGCUCCCAUUACUCCUCGUGAAUGUAUUGAAAAGAAGAUUAACAAUUUGAACAGAAAGCUACGAGAUAUAGAAAUGCUACAGGAAAGAAUCAGAAGUGGAGAACUGGAAAAUCCAGAGAAAACACAACUCGAAAAAAUUGCGCGAAGGGAAACUAUUACGAAAGAAAUUGAUCUGCUGACUGCCGAAAUCGAGAAGUUAUGA